CACUUAUUCAACUAAGCUUGGAUUUCCUCAAGUUAAAUGUGUUUCUGAAUCAAAUGUAUCUUUCAUGAUGGAUCCAAGGGCUUAUUUUGCUGAUAUGUUUAAGUGCUUCUGCUCUCUAGAUUUGGCAUCACCACCCCUUUCAGGAGACCAGGUUGUUAAGUGUGUGACUCUUCGACCUGAUUUGGAUUGUGAAACUGUGCAAGGCUUCAUCAAACAAGAGUUUGACAUAGAGAAUAACAGAAUUGUUCGUGUAAGAAAUAAGAAUGGUUCAUUGAUUCCUGUGGGUGCUGGGAUGAAAACAAAUAUCCAGGCUGAGCCUUACACCCUGGAAGUUGUGAGAAUCCAUCAGACUGUAAAGCCUUCUCCAAGAACUGUAAAACUGGCCACAUACAAUGAAACCAUGAAGAAAAAGAUGACCAGCAUUGUACAACGGAUUGAAACUUUAGAAAAAGUCACAUCAGAUUUGCAUUCAAGAAGAAGGCAAAGGAUUAAAACUGAAACAGAUGAAUUGGAAAGAAAAUUGUUAUUUUUGAACAAAAGAUUUGAUGAAGCAGAGAAAACCUCCUGGAAGGGUAUGUUUAAGAAGCAUCCAUUAUGGUGAUACAGACUGGACUCAUUAUACAGUUCCAUUUAUAAUAUCUGAUAAUGGUGUUAUGAGGAUGGUGUGAGUGCUGAAAGCUAAACUGCCAGCUGUAAACAGAAGCAGCAGUUUUCUUGCUGGUGAUGUAAAGUUUAAGCUCCAGAAGCCGAUUUCACUUUCAGUCGAACAUUGUUUAUUUGAUGGGUGUAGUAAUGUUGUUAACUUGUUUGUAUUUGAAUGCAAAGACACCUUGAAACACAAUUCUCAAAAAUGGGGAAAAAUGAGAAAGUCAUGUGACUAAUGAAAUGAUCGAUGACAUUGAAGAUUAUUCUAAAUAAUAUACUGACAAGGUUAUAAUUAUGCAGUUAUACCUACUAAAUUAAAAUUAGUUUUCUCAGUGAUAGGUGAAACCAAAGGUUACCCAUCGCAAGCAACAGGUGUGUUUUUCCACAUUAUUUUUGGAAAUUUCCAAAAUAUUUUUUGAGCCAGAAUUCACCAUAUCAAAUCUAUUCUUAGAACUUUUAUUAUCAGUAUUGUAUUUCUUAGAAAGUAGCAUGAUGUUUAGUGCCCAAGACCAAUGUUUACAGGUAGAGAAACUUUUGCACAGGUAGAAAAAAAAAGUGUCACAUGUUAGUUUAAAGAGAAUAAUUCAUUCUCUGACAGUUGUGGCUCUUCAUAUGAACCUGAGAUAAAGUGCUGUUUUGAGGGCAGUUGUAUUAAUGGAGAUACUCUUUGUCCAUUUUCCUGAUUGAAAUCCUGUAAAUCAAUCGUAGCACGUGGCUUCUGACACCUGAGAUCAACACAGGUUAUCACUAGAGGUCAGAUAGUCUGUGGAAGUAUGUAUCAAACCUGUGAUUUUUAUUUAGUAUCGAUUGAGUGUAUGUUGUUUCAUCCAUUAACCAUAAUAAGAGUUAAAUAUUCCUGACCAAAGUCUUGAAUGAGGAGAGAGGAGGGAGUAAGUGCUUUUGUCCUA